AUGGGCUUGGAACUGCUCCCGGAUGACUUGUCUCUAUCCCUGACAAACCAAUGGCCAUGCAGAGAUUUGCAGAUCAGGACUCUCUCUGCCCUCCUUUCUCCAAGGCUGCAAAGUUCGGGGACACUGAUUGUACAUGGUCCAGAAGCCACUGGAAAGACUGGUCUGCUGAAAUCCUACUUGGACGUUUCUGGCCUCAAACAUGCUUUCAUUCCAUGCACCGAAUGCAUUACGAGUCGUCACUUCUUGGAGCGGACUCUGGCAGCUUGUGUCGAAGCAAUCGAGACGGCGACCAAUGUUUCUCUGGACGGCAUCAUUCUCCCAAGGUGCGAGAAUCUCAGCACUUUGACAAGCUCUCUGGAACGUCUUCUCAAAGGCAUCGACAAAUUUGUACUCGCUCUGGACGGCAUCGAUGAGCAGAGGGAGGCUCCUCCGACUCUGUUACCUACUCUUGCACGUCUUGGUCAACUCAUUCCCUGCCUCAGUGUUGUGAUGAUUGUCACAUUUCCCCAUCCACGUCUUCUCCAUCUUCCAGGUGCUCCACAUAUCUAUUUCUCGCCUUAUACUCGGGAACAAGUCAUCCAGAUUGCGUGCUGCCAACCACAAUCCAUCUUCAGUGAGCCUUUAUCACCAUCAGCCAACUACUCGGAAGAGCUUGCUGCCGAAGAUGACACAUGGCUCUGGUCGCGAUUCUGUGCUGCCGUUUGGGAUUCGUUAGCGAGCGGUGCAGCGCGAGAUGUUGUCGCCUUCAAAUCGAUUCUCGACAAACUCUGGCGACCCUUUGUACAACCGAUUGUUGAUGGCACGUACGGCACUCGAGACUUUACCAAACUCAUGGUAGCACAACGUAGGCUCUUCCAAGCCGAGAGCUGUCUCCUGGAUUCGGUCAUCGACGAGCCUCAGGCGGACACUAAUAUACUUACUGAUGUCACCCACGAUCUACCAUACUACUCGAAGUGGCUUCUCUGUGCUGCAUAUCUCGCGUCCUUCAAUCCGCCUCGUCAAGACAACGUCUACUUCAUGAAGACCACAGAAAGAAAGCGACGCAGAAAAGGUGGCGGUGCCGUCGCUGGCCGUGAGUCGAAGAACCGCAAAAUCCCUAGGCACCUUCUUUCGCCCAGUCCAUUUCCUCUCGACAGACUACUAGCCAUCCUACAAGCUGUACUACCACACGACCUCACGCCUACGAUAGACAUCUACACACAACUGGCGACACUAUGCUCCUUGAGGUUGCUGUUGAGGACAGCAGUCGUUGGUGGUGACGUACUUGAACCAGGCGCCAAGUGGAAGGUCAACUUUGGCUGGGAGUACGCACUCAAGUUGGCUCGAAGUGUAGGCUUUGAUAUCACAGACCAUGUAGCUGAAUAG